AUGAGCUACAACGUGAUGCCGCUGAAGAAGCACAUGGAAAUCACUUACCGCGUGAAAUGCGUUGCGGUAGAAAACGAACGAGUGUUCGGUGAUGUCUACAUCACCCAAACGCAAGAUCUCGUUUACCAGUCAGAGAGCUAUCCUUUUCCGUCGGGAUGCAGACAACAAAAACGAAACCUGAUACAGCAGACCUUGAGCGGACCAAAUUUCAUGGAACUAAAUAGCAAACAAUCGACCGAAAACGCUGGUGAUAAGAGUUCGCGCUGGCAAAAGCGCUCUAAGUCGAUAGGAGAUGAGCCGAGCAUGAUCGCAUUUAAUUAUAAGAACGACAAAAAUCAUGAUACAGUCAUCAAGAGACCUAAGGUAUAUCCUCCACCCUUGCUCUGUUCGCCAUUGCAGAAAGAAAUCGUAAUUACCUCGCUGGUAGAUCAACUAUUGCUAGAUAUUUACGGAAUACCGAUGGGCGACAAAGGACGCUCAGAAAGUGAUUCCACGGCAUCAUCUUUGAAAACGCGGCCGCAACAUCAAUAUCUACAGAAGACCCGUUUGCUUUUGAAAAGAAAGGAUGAACUGGAGAUCCUGCUUAUGACUCUACAUGACCACAUCAUUCACACAGGGGGAUUGCUUAUCCGACAGCUGCGCCGAAAGGAUUAUCUCAUAGCCAAAUGUGAUAAACAGUGCGAUAUUAUCACAGCCUAUCUACAAGCACACAGCGCGAAAAGAAUCGAAGAUACAAAAAUGAGGUUCAGUUUGACUCCGCAACCGGGAGAAAGUGGUUUCAUACAAUGGUUAGACGCGAUGAAAAUGGUUGCCAAAUUACAAGGAGGGAUACCACCGGAAUUUCGAAAAAGGUUGUGGCUAACGUUGGCGGAGCGUCAUCUGGAUCAACGCGGCGUAGAUUGGAAGCAGGCUGAGAAGGUCUGUUUCAACGAGUGGAGUAAUCCUGACGACGAAGAACUCGGCAUACAAAUUGUGAAGGACCUGCACAGAACAGGCUGCAGCCUGUUUUGCGGUGCUGCUGGCCGGGACAAUCAAGCGGUGCUUCGUCGGGUAUUACUCGGUUUCGCUCGUUGGAACAAGUCCGUGGGCUACUGCCAGGGUUUGAAUGUUCUAGCCGCCCUCGUUUUGCAAGUAAUGGACCGCGCGGAAUCUUCGGCUGUAAAGGUGAUGAUAUAUUUAAUAGAAGGUGUUCUACCAGAGGGCUAUUUCGCCGACAAUUUGCGAGGCCUCUCUGUGGACAUGGCAGUAUUUCGGGACCUUUUGCGUUCGAGGUUGCCGAAAUUGUCCAAGCACCUUGAGGCGCUCCAGAGUGAUGCGAAGGAUAAAGCGACGGGAAGUAGCUACGAGCCGCCGCUCACGAAUGUGUUCACCAUGCAAUGGUUCCUUACACUUUUCUGCCACUGUUUACCACAGGAAGCAGUGCUUCGUGUCUGGGAUCUGAUAUUUCUCGAAGGUGAUGAAGUACUCCUUAGAACGGCACUCGCUAUCUGGGAAGGCCUCUCAGAUCGCAUAAUGACCGUAACAUCAGCGGACGAGUUUUAUAGUAUAAUGGGAGUUCUCACGAGAGAAAUGCUAGAAUUCACCGAUACAAAUAAUCUCAUUAAGAACAUUGUUAGCAUGGGACCCUUACAUGGUGUAACAAGCUUGAGAGAAAAGCAUCGAUAUAACAUCACCCCGUGGGCGCGCAAACUAAGUGAUGAUGAUGACAGCGAAACAGAAGAAGAUGAGAGAUUAGCUGUAGCGGCUGCCAUGUUCAGUAUGGCUCAACGUAUAAAGAAAGAUCGUUUACCUUCGACAAUAGGAGCGUUACAAGCGAUGGCACCCAGUAGCGAUCGAGAACGCCUUGCUUUAGAUAUUAGUACACUAAAGCAGCAAUAUGCAAAACUACGGGAGAGGCAGCGACAAGCACAUAUAAUACUUUCUGCCGCGUGUGCGCGUCAGACCAUGGUACCUCCGCCCACUUCCACAGCCAUGAAUCAUCUGUUAGUGGGUAAAAAUGCCCUCGUAAGUGGAAAGAAUCGACCAUUGAGUUUGCCGUCUGCUACUGCCACAUCGAAAUUACGGCCGGCAGUACUUCAUAGUCCGAAAAGUCGCAGAGACAGGCAAGGUGUCACGCUUCAUUGGAAAGACGCGAAAAGGCCGAAGCAAAGAGCCGGCGACGCUGGUGAUGCAGACGCUUUUGGUACAGCAUUUUUACAAUCGCCUCCAGAGACGUCUUCUGUAACGUCACCCAACCGAGGUACCGCUGAUAGUGACAGUGACAGUACAUCGACGGAGCUGUGCGACGAGCCGGAUCGUCUGAGCGACGUCGAUAGCGAGGAACUUACGUCAGCGUCCGAUUCUUACGUCAUGGCGACGGACGAUGAAAAGCAUGCUUACGAGGGUUCGUCGACCUCAGCGAGUACACCUGCGCGUUCGUGUAUUAAAAACGAGCCGACGAUGAUCGUGGAGGAGCCACAGACGGAUACAGAUUUCGGAACCGAACGCGAUAAGUCUCCAUCUCUGUCCGAAAUCUCGAUCGCCAAAAUUACCGAUCAAAUACGGAGACUCUCGGCCGAAGAUGACAAUAAUACGACAGUCCCUCAAACAUCGAGCGCGCGCGGCAAUGACGAGCUAUCGGUGGGCGAUUAUCCAGUCGAGAAAUUGCAAAUAAAAGAAACGGAGUCGAAGUUGCAAGAUUAUACGUCGAGUGAAGACGCGCCAAAAUCAUCGAAGAUUGUGAAUAGUUACGAUUAUUUAAGCGUUAAAUCUAAUCUCGUCGAGAAAACGGAUGAUAUUCUGAUACAUAGAACAGAUAGACUGAAAGAUUUAGAAGAGAAAAAAGAAAUCAUCCGAGCUAGCAGUAAAGAUAGUACAGAUCUUAAAAUGGAUAUAAUGGAAACUACUACGAAUAUAUUACGAGAUAGUUCCAGAGAACAAACGAGUGUGUCCAAAGAUAAGAAUUACGAUAAAUUUCUUACACUUCUAGACACGAAUGACAAGCACUUUGAAUCAUCCUUAAGAUAUUCCAGCAAAGUUUAUUUGGAUUCAAAAAGUGAAGAUAAUAACUCGAAUGACACGAAUUUUACGAAUAGCGGAGCUCUGAAUGUCGCAACAGAAUCACGAUCUUUCUAUUCCAAGAGAUACGUCGUAGGUCACAUUCCAAUUUCUCCGGUAACAAUGGAUGACAAACUGACGAAAUUGUCGCACGAAAUAUAUAAUGUCGCGAUAAACCCGGAAAAUCUGACGAGUCCUGAAAAGAGAGACGCUUUUAGCGACAAGCAACCCAUAGUACAGACAAAAUUAUAUUGCAAUUUGAAAAAAAGCCCGAAAUCUCCAGAAAGUACGAAGUCGUUCAGCUCAGGAGAGACGAUGGGUCCUGAUUCGAAGCCUUCUAGUCUGACAGUGAGUCCAAGAACACCAAUCAGAUCGGACUCCCAUGACUUUACAAUAGACAAAUCGGCUUGCUCAUCUAUCAGCUCGGAUUCUAAGACUCUUGUUCUCCAUUCUGUAAGUUCGGAUAUCGCACUUGACGAUUCAAGGCCGAUCACAAAGAAAACAUCCUAUGAAAAAUCGAGCCCGUCGACUCCGAUCAGUACAGACUCUUUAAGGAAUAAGUCCGAUAUGAGUCCGAAAUUGAUGAUUAGCAGUUCUAGCGAUUCGUGCAGUCCGGGCAAAGCUAAGUCUUCCGAGAGGUCAUUCAGUUCCGAUCUGCAAUCGCCUGUAAGUGCCAACUCUAUAAGAUAUACCUCAAACUACGGAAAACGAGACCAGGAUCUAGUGUCGGAUUCGCCGAUGGACUUGAGCAGUGCGACUUCACCAUUUUAUCCUAUCGCAAAUCCUAAUCAGAAAACACCUUCACCAUACAGUGCAGGCAAACGAAGAGGCAGUAUAGAGAGUAUUGAAACCUCGCCCGAUCCGAAAUCGAUCAGCUCCAAGGAUUCGACCAAGUUUUCAGGAUAUCAGACAAAACUAGAUGCUUCAGCAAAAUCAAUCGAGAGUAAGGAAAACGAAGGAAUCUCCGAGAGAAACGAAUUGUAUGUCAGACCGCAAUUUGCGUUGAAUACAGAACUGAAGGUGAAUUAUACACAGAAGAGCAAAGCUGAUUUGAGCUCUUACGAAUCGAUCGGUGGUGAGUCCUAUCGGAAAAGCGAAGACUUUGCUGAUGACAAUGCGGACGAUCCGCUCUCUGAAAAGGAUGUGGUGCCUCAAUUGCCGCACGAGAAGCUCGACAAGCAUUAUCUGAAUUACAAUUACAGACGUAGAGAACGAUCGAGAUUGACUGAGAGGAGCUCGAGCAGUUUGGAAAAAAGAUGUACUGAUUUAAAAUCGUCGGCUUCGAUAGAUGAAUUUAAUACGACCAUGGCGAAGAAGAGAUGUAGCGAUAUUCUCGAAGAUAUGAAGCAUCUAGAAGCAAAGGCUCUCAGCGAUGGAUCACCUGAAACUAAUAUGUUAACGAAGAAAUCGAGCGAUAUCUGGGAGGACAUGAAAAACCUAGAGGCAAGACGACAGGAUACCUUCAGCAAUUCAGCGAGCGGAUUUUCAAAGAGACGAUUAGAAAUCCCAGACAUAAAUAUAACAAAUGAAAGUAGGAAGUCUUAUGUCGUGCAUCCUAAAAUCAACAUCGAUGAGAAUAGCGACAGUAUAUUGAAGAGUAUAACUUGUAACAAAAGUAAUAGCGAUCUAGACGACGGUAGAGAAUCAAAGGUGGGUGUAUGGACAAAGGUAAAACCACGAAAGAAAGGCGACAACGGACGCAGAAGUAGCGAUCGGGCGUUAAAAAUUAUUCAAGAAAAUUCGGCCAUAUUGCACAAGAUUUUAGCUUGUCAGGCAAAGAAACGUCUGCCAGAUCUGGAGGAAAUAUCUAAGGAAAUUACCAUCAGUCCGAUAAACGAAGAAAUUUCUAAGAUAUUCAGUCCGAUUCUCGAAAAAAUGGGCCUAAACGAGCACGAAAUAAACGAGGAAUUGGCACGAAUAAAUUUCAAGGACUUUGAUAAUAUGAGCGCCACCAGCGUAUCGGAAUUUGAUGCAAAGAUCAAUGAAGAAUUAACGAAAUUAUCUAUUAUUGAUGAUACGGAACAAAUUGAUCAUUUAGACGUAGACGAGAUCAUAUCGAACGAUUACCUGGAUACUCGGGAGGCGCUCAUAGAUCACAAGAUAAACGAAGAACUCUCUAAAUUAUUAGCAAACUAUGAGGAGGAAUCUCCACCGAGCAUGAUUAAUUUAGAAAAAGGUUCAUCAAGUCAGAAUAUAAGCGAGACGGAAGGUCUCGAUCUUACUAGCAUUUCAACGAAUGUAUUUUCUUACAAAUCCUCCAAUGAUUCCAUUGAAAUCAGAAACGACUUGGAACCUACGCACGAAGUCGUAGCUCAGCCUGAAAAAUUUCCAUUUGCGACGUUGAAAUACGAGCAGAGCAUGUCGCCUAAAAGCGACAUAGACAUCUACAGAGAAUUGGAAAAACUCGAUAAAAUUUCAUAUGUACAAAUGCAUCUCGACAGACGUCUAGAAAUACCGCCGAAACGAUUAUCUCCUAUUUCAUACAUUUCGAAUACUUCAACUUAUCCGGAAGUACCUACCGCGACGAGAUACGUGCCGAAAACGAGCCAAUUUGAUACUACACCAUUGAAGAAUACUUACGAAUCUUACAAGAGCUACGACAUUCCGGACAGACUAUCUCCACGGGAUAGUCCUUAUCCUGCUUACGAUAAGCCAAGCGAUCACACAUUUGAAUACACAGAUUCCAAAUCGAGGCUCUCUAUCGACCCGUACGACCUACAUUUGAAAAGUCCGAUAUUGUCAAAGGAAUCCUUGGAAUUUCGCGUAAGAUACGAUGACGAACUGCCAAAGUCGAUCGGCGGCGAAUGUGCGGCCAAUCAGGAUAACAGAUUGGCGAUUUCCUUAAAUACGGGAAGUUCUUACUACAGCAAGAGUAACAACGAAGCGGUUACGCCGAAAUAUAUCAGCAAUGAAGAAAAAUGUUUGGACAACUAUUGUAGCGACAGUCUUCUACACAAGUACAGUACUUUGUCACCAAAGGAUUAUUCUCAUAAAAGUACAGAUUACGAUAAGCCCUUGAGCACGUUAUCGCAUGCGAUGGUGGAAUCCGAAACGGAUAUCAGUUCGUAUUUACCGACGAGGCAUUGCGACUAUAAUGUGCUAUCACCCAAUCGUCAAUACAGAGAUGAGUACUUCUCUUCUAGUCCAAAUCAUUACACUCCGAGACUAUCUCCAAAUCUGACGGAAGAAACGAGAAAGACUGCUGUUUCACAUCCAGAAUCUCCGGGCAGAAUAACUGUUGAGUAUGGAGAUCUAACUAAUAAAGGAUCGAACUGUUACAAGAAAUCGACACUGAGUUUCGGUAACAUAGAAAACGUGAACAAAGACGACGAAGAUGUUGAUACCACUCCGAGUCCGAAAACGAACUUCAGUCCUUUCCCCAUUAGAAAUAAUAUUAGGAAACCCAAAGAACUGACACUGAAGUUGGGUCUGUAUUCGCCGAAGAAUUCUGACUUCGGCCAAAUGAAAAAAUCAUAGUGCUCAGUAAAUUGUCGAAGCGACGAAGCUUUUGUCCUACACGGAAGUUUGCAUGUGAGAUGAUUCAUUGCAGAAAUAUCUAUGUUCGCUAGUCAAUCGUUUCGAUAGUUUCUUAUUUUAACGCGAAAUGUGUGAAGCGUGUACUUGUGCGUUUCAAAAAGUCCCGU